AAAAGCUUGUCCUAGUUGCCAACCAAAGGAGGUGGCAAAUCAGUUUCGCAGAGGCCCUCUACACACUUUUAUAAUCAGAAGUUUACUAUAUAACAAAAACCCAAAUUAAUUCCACAAAGCUUCUCAAAUCUCUCGCUUUCUCUUUCUGGCUAGGGCUUCCGAACUCGCUCGUUUCACUCAGUAUUCUUCUCAGGUUGUUGAUUAUUUGCAAGGAAACACUCUUCAGGUUGUUCUGACGACUUGAAUAUAAAGGAAGAUUGUUUUCUGCAACGGAUGAUUUUUGGCUUGGCCAUUUGAAAUUCAUGCAAUGUCGGGUUUUCUUAAUUCUUCUGUGAACGGAUCUGCUUCAAAUCUUUCGGAUGGUGCUGGACGGUCUUAUGCCACAUCUUUCUCUAGUCAGUCUGGUGCAGCCUCCCCAAUUUUUCAUCAUACUGGUGCUAUUCAAGGGAUGCAUAAUAUUCAUGGGAGCUUUAAUGUUCCCAACAUGCCUGGUACUCUCCCACCAAGAAACUCCACAUUAAAUAAUGUUCCGUCUGGGGGUGUUCAACAACAAGCAGGAAGCCUUUCUAGUGGAAGAUUUACAUCCAACAAUCUCCCUAUUGCAUUAUCACAGCUAUCUCAUGGAAGUUCCUAUGGACAUUCAGGAGUCACCAAUAGAGGAGGUACAAGUGUUGUAGGAAACCCUGGAUAUAGUAAUAGUACAAAUGAAUUUGGUGGUUCUAUUCCUGGGUUUCCUGCAUCUAUUGGUAAUCGAAGCGCUGUUCCAGGAUUAGGAGUAUCCCCAAUUUCAGGAAGUGUAGAUCCUCGAAUCACCAGUUCUUUAGGAAACAUGGUUGGUGGGGGGAAUAUUGGAAGGACUGGAGGAUUGUCUGUUCCCGGUCUUGCUUCUCGUCUAAACUUGAGUGCAAACAGUGGAUCUGGUGGUUUAGGCAUGCAAGGACAAAAUCGAUUGAUGAGUAGCGUGCUUCCACAAGGAUCUCCGCAGGUGCUUUCAAUGUCAGGGAAUUCUUAUCCUAGUGCUGGAGGCCCGCUUUCCCAAAGCCAUGUUCACGGAGUAAGUAACUUGAACACUAUGAGGAUGUUGAAUGAUGUAAAUUCCAAUGAUAGUUCACCUUUUGACCUCAAUGAUUUCCCUCAACUGACAAGUCGUCCUGGAUCUGCUGGAGGAUCUCAAGGACAGUUGGGUUCUUUACGGAAUCAGGGUCUUGGUGUCAGUCCUAUUGGUCAACAAAACCAUGAAUUUAGCAUUCAAAAUGAAGAUUUCCCUGCAUUACCAGGAUUCAAAGGUGUUAGUGCAGAUUAUGAUAUGGAUAUGCACCAGAAAGAACAACUUCAUGACAAUGCUAUGCCAAUGAUGCAAUCUCAGCAUUUCUCUCAGAUGGGGAGGUCUGCUGGUUUCAGCUUGGGGGGAACAUAUUCAUCCCAUCGUCCCCAACCGCAACAGCAUAAUCCUUCAGUCAGCAGUGGCAGUGUCUCGUUCUCAUCGGUAAAUAACCAGGAUCUUCUCCAUCAACAUGGAUCAGAUGUUUUUCCGUCUUCUCGUUCUGCCUAUCAGUCACAGACAAAUGGACCUCCUGGCAUUGGAUUAAGGCCUUUAAAUUCUUCAAAUACAGUUUCUGGUAUGGGUUCAUCAUACGACCAACUCAUCCAGCAAUAUCAACAGCAAAAGAAUCAAUCCCAGUUUCGUCUUCAAAUGCCAUCUCUAAAUCAGUCUUUUAGGGAUCAGGGCAUGAUGUCUAUGCAAGCUGCACAAUCACCAGAUCCAUAUGGUUUGCUUGGCCUGUUAAGUGUAAUCAGGAUGAACGAUCUUGACUUGGCAUCUCUUGCUCUUGGAAUUGAUCUUACUACACUUGGCUUAAAUCUUAAUUCAUCAGAAAAUCUUCAUAAGACUUUUAAGUCUCCAUGGGCAGAAGAAUCAGCUAAGGGUGAUCCAGAGUUUAAUGUGCCACAGUGUUAUUAUGCGGAACAACCACCUGCUUUACACCUAGGUUAUUUUUCAAAGUUUUCAGUGGAAACAUUGUUUUACAUAUUUUACAGUAUGCCGAAAGACAAAGCACAAUUAUGUGCUGCAAUUGAGCUUAACAAAAGAGGCUGGUUUUACCACAAAGAGUAUCGACUGUGGUUUACAAGAGCACCCAACAUGGAGCCGCUGGUGAAAACAAACACAUACGAGAGAGGAACUUAUCACUGUUUUGAUCCAAGUUCAUUUGAAACGGUCCGCAAGGAUAAUGUUGUUCUUCAUUAUGAUAUGCUGGAAAAUAGACCUCAUCUACCUCAGCAUUAAGGGGGAUUCAAAUCCUUUAAUGUAAAGUUUCAAUUAUGGAUUUAAUUCCUCUGAAAAUUAUAGCAAUAGUCUUCCGUCAAUUUGUUGUUCAUUCCGUUUUUGCUUCAGUGAUCCUGAUUGAGCCUAGUAUAUUUUAUUUCCCCAGCCCCAGUAUGAACAGUAGCUAAGAUAGGCGUUAGGAUAACCUAGCAAUCUGAUAGAUGAUUUUCUCCUGAGUUGUUAAAAUGUACAUAAAGAAACCUGAAUCAAAGUUAGAUAGUGUGGCUGGGUGUUAUUCUCCGCCUACUUGAAACAAAUCAUAAACUUUUAGAGUUGCUUUUGAUGGUUUUACAAAAAUGCAGAUGAUGGCCUUGCAUCUA